AUGGCAGUAGCAGUAAUAAUAACAGUAGUUGUAGUUGUUGUUGUAGUAGUAAUAAUAGUUGUAGUAGUAGUUGUUGUUUUUGUUGAUAACAGUGACAGAAAGAGUUCAUUAUUGGCGGUAAUGAUGAUGACAAACAGAGUAUCCAAUUUAUCCUUCUCUCUUGUCAGCAAUAUGACGAAAAUGUUAAAGCAUAGAAUGAACCUGCUUUAUAGUAGGAAGGAAAUGAUGGAUGAUAAGGGAGAUGAUAGGUUUUGGACUGAAUUAGAAGAAUUGAAGAAUACGGGAAGCAUAGAGAGGAGUGAUGAUGAAGAUGAGAAAGAAAGCUUUCGAAAUAUAUGGAAGUCAGGACAGUAG